AUGACCAGCACCUCGUCGUGGCGCACCAAGACGUUCACAGCGACGACCACCGACAUCCACGGCCUCGUGCUGCAGACACGCGCCAACUUUGUCGCAGCAGACCCGGCGGCGUCCGUGGCCACCGUCACGUUCCGGACCGACUCUGACGUGCUGCUGGACGCGAUCACAAUUUCUGAAGUCGACGCCGGCAACACCCGUGCAAUCUCCGUCGGCUGGGAUCGCAAUCUCCACCGUCAGCACGACCUUGAGGCCGCGUACAUCGUCGAUAUUGCACUGCCGCCACACGCGCUUUCAUACCUCGAAGCUGUCGGCGACGUCGUCGUGGGCCCGCGCGUCCUCAGCAACGCGACAACCAAGAACAUCCACGUCCUUUUGAGCGGCAGUGGCGACGUCUAUAUCGACGACACCAACAUCUACGCCGACCGCCUGCAACUCACGCUGCAAGGGUCCGGGGACUUGCAGUUUGCCGUGCCCGAGCUCCACGCCAACGCCGUCAACGUCGCUGUGCAAGGCUCUGGCGACUGCGCGCUCUUUUCGCGUGUGCUGGAAACCAAAACACUGGAUGUCAACGUCGAGGGGUCCGGUUCUGUCUACGCGUCCGGCGCGCUGAACGGGAACCCAAGCGUGACGACCGACGUCGACGGGUCGGGCGACGUCAGGUACACGCUCUCGGGCGAUUGCAGCAGCCACGAGAUCGCUGCGUCGGCGUCCGGCGAUGCCAAGACGAGCUCGCUGGCGUGUGCAACGACGAGUGCCCGCGCCUCGGGCAGUGGCGACAUUUACGCCAGCGCGUCGGCCUCGUUCACUGCGAGCGCGUCCGGCUCGGGCGACGUCUACUACGUCGGUCCGGUCGUGCCGACCAUGAGCGGCAAGUUCCGCACCAAGACAUUGCAUAGCGUCGACACCAAGACGCCGCACGCACUGCCGCUGCAUAGGGCGGCGUGA